ACGAGUGUGGCUCAGAUUACCUCAGUCAGCUCUGCUUUGCUCCGAAUCAGAGUAAAGAGAUGGAGAACAAGAUCAUGGAGCUGCACCGAUCUUACAGAGGAAUGAGUCCAGCUGAAGCAGAGAUGCACUUCCUGGACAACGUAAAGAAACUCUCGAUGUACGGAGUCGACCUGCAUCAUGCCAGGAUGGUAGGAAGUCGCGUUGACUGUUUGCCUUCAGCUAAGUCCGAGGACUCAGAGGGCGUGGCCAUCAUGCUGGGCGUCUGCAGUAGUGGUCUGCUGGUCUACAGAGACCGACUGAGGAUCAACAGGUUCUCCUGGCCCAAGAUCCUGAAGAUCUCCUACAAGAGGAACAACUUCUACAUCAAGAUCCGCCCCGGGGAGUUUGACCAGUUUGAGUCCACCAUUGGUUUCAAGCUGAUGAACCACAGAGCAGCUAAGAGACUGUGGAAGGUGUGUGUGGAGCAUCACUGCUUCUUCAGGCUGCUGUCUCCGGAGGAAACCCCUAAGAAGUUCCUGUCUCUGGGCUCUAAGUUCCGGUACAGCGGCCGGACGCAGAUCCAGAGCCGCAGAGCCAGCGCUCAGAUCUCCAGACCGGCACCCAACUUCCCUCGAUGCGUCAGCAAGAGAAACAUCCUGAGCCGCAGUCUGGACGGAGCUUCGAGGGCCACUCCCACCUCCUCUCUGAUUGGCUCCCCAGCCAUAACAUCGUCCACCAAAGCCAACGGUGGUACACACACAGACAUGGGGGCAGGGCUUUAUGGAGCGUCGAAGGCCAUCGCCGUCAGUGACCUCAUCACCACUGUAACGCCCGAGAGGACGGUGGACGAGAAGAGGGCGGAGCAACGUACAGGGAGAACCAAUCAGAAGAGGCGCUCCAGACCAGUUGAGGAGGUGCAGGUGUUGGAGGAGGUGCAGGUGUUGGAGGAGGUGCAUGUGAUGGAGGAGGUGCAUGUGAUGGAGGAGGUGCAGGUGUUGGAGGUGAUGGAGGAUGAGACUGGAGCAGCAGAGGUUUCUCUACAGAGUCCUCCAACCACUCACAAACAAGACACCAAGAAUGAACUGACCGACACAGCUUUGGACGGAGAGCUAACGGCCACCGAGUCGGAUCAGGAUGAGGAUUUGAGGACUCAGGACACGUUGGGCAGUCCUGAGGAGGUUCAGUCCUGCAGCAUCAGCGCUCUGAGACGCUCCUUCCUGGAGGGGGGGGGCGGGGGGGCGGGGCAGACGGAGUGGGAGAGACGACUGGCCGCCUCCCCUUUCAGGAGACUGGAUGACGCCCCCAUGAUCGAGCCUCUGGAGCACGACCAGGUGAGAGACAAGGAGGGCGGGCUCACAGCACACCAAGCUCCUCCUCCUCCUCAGCCAAUCAGAGAGAAGAGCUAUACUUUGGGGCGGAGCUACGACACUUCCUCUGGGAUGGUCGCUACCAUGGUGACCACAGAGAGCGGCCGCGAUGAUGUCAUCGCAGGUCGACCGCUGAUCACGAUCUGCGAGGUGAAGACGCCGCCCUGUGACAUCAUCUGUGAUGUCACAGGGGGGGGCGGGGCCUCUGCAAUCGCACCUUUGUCCUCUCAUCUAAGCCCCGCCCCCUCCCCGGGUCACCUGACAGGAAGGGUGACCCCCCCCGCUGUCAGAGUGCCUAAACCUACAUUUGAUGGAAUGUCUACUGAACUGACGUCUCUUCUGAACUCAGCCAGAGAACAAAAAACGACUUUCACCGAACACAACCUGCUGAAGACGUCAGAGAAGGUGGAGACUCUCUUCCUGAAAGCGGAGUCAUGUGACCCGGACCAGCCAAUGGCAGAACAGCCUCAGGAAGUCCCUGUGAUGAGGAAGACUCUGACUUAUGAAGCUCCGGGGAGGGUGGACUCUGACCCUGCAGGUUUGCUGCUGAGCUCUCAGACGUUCACCGCAGAGACCGCGAACACCACGACCACCACACACAUCACCAAGACAGUGAAGGGAGGAGUCUCGGAGACUCGGAUCGAGAAGAGGAUCGUGAUCUCCGGAGACACCGAAAUCGACCACGACCAGGCUCUGGAGGCCGCUCUCUCUGAGGCGCGACGCCAACAUCCUGAACUUUCCGUCACUCGAGUCGUCGUCCACAAAGAGACCGAGGUUUCUCCUGAUCAUGUGACCGAUUAGUGACAUCACAGGACUGAAGCUACAAGACUGCAGGAUCAUGGGAGCCACUCACACAGAGACACAGACACACACACAGAGACACACACAGAGACACACAGACACACUCACAGAGACACACAGAGACACAGAGAGACACACAGAGACACACAGAGACACAGACACACUCACAG